UUUACUGUUAAUUCUCACUCUUUCCCACUCCUCUAUCCCCUCCCAAUCUCACUCACAUAAUGGCGCUCAAAUGGAGGAGGAAUAAACCUCCGCUUUCCUCAAUCUCCGCCAUCGCCGUGAACCUCCUCCUCUGUCAGAUUUUACUUUUUGCGGCGGCGGCGACACCGCCCACGUCCAGUCCGAUUAAGACUGUGGUCGUGUUGGUAAUGGAGAACCGCUCCUUCGACCAUAUGCUGGGAUGGAUGAAGCAGAAGGUCAACCCGGAGAUUGACGGCGUCGACGGGUCUCAGUCCAACCCGAUUUCCACGUCUGACCCGAAUUCGACCCGGAUCUUCUUCAGCAAUACGGCGCACUUCGUUGAUCCGGACCCGGGGCACUCGUUCCAGGCCAUCCGCGAGCAGGUAUUUGGAUCCAGCAACGAGACUUCCUCAGAUCCGCCGCCCAUGAACGGAUUCGUUCAGCAGGCCGCCUCGCUAGAUCCGAAUAUGUCUCGGAGCGUGAUGAACGGGUUCGACCCGGACAUGGUCGGGGUUUACAAGGCCCUGGUGUCGGAAUUCGCGGUGUUCGACCGGUGGUUCGCCUCCGUCCCGGCCUCCACCCAGCCGAAUCGCCUCUACGUCCACUCCGCCACCUCCCACGGCGCGACAUCGAACGUCGCGCACCUCUUGGCGGAAGGAUACCCGCAGCGCACGAUCUUCGACAGCCUGAGCGAGGCCGGCGUGGAUUUCGGGAUCUACUACCAGAACAUUCCGGCGACGCUGUUCUACCGGAAUCUGAGGAAAUUGAAGUACACAUUCAAGUUCCGGCCGUACGGGCUGUGCUUCGAAAGCGACGCGAGGAAGGGGAAGCUGCCGGGGUAUGUUGUGGUGGAGCAGCGGUACAUAGAUUCGAAGGUGGAGCCGGCGAACGACGACCACCCGUCGCACGAUGUGUACCAGGGCCAGAUGUUCGUGAAGGAGGUGUACGAGACGCUGAGGUCCAGCCCGCAGUGGAACCAGACCCUCCUCCUGAUUACGUAUGAUGAGCAUGGAGGGUUCUACGAUCAUGUCCCCACACCCGUGAGUGGUAUCCCCAGCCCCGACGGAAUUGUGGGGCCCGACCCGUUCUAUUUCAAUUUUGACCGGCUGGGCGUUCGGGUCCCAACCAUUGCCGUUUCCCCCUGGAUAGAGAAGGGCACUGUGGUUCAUGGGCCCAAUGGAUCGCCAUUUUCGAACUCGGAGUAUGAGCAUUCGUCCAUUCCGGCAACGGUGAAGAAGAUCUUCAAUCUGCCGUCGCCGUUUCUGACGAGGAGGGAUGCCUGGGCCGGCACUUUUGAGUCCAUUCUUCAGAAACGGAAAGAACCAAGAACGGAUUGCCCAGAGGAACUCCCAACUCCAAAAAAGAUCAGGAAUGGAGAGCCAAAUGUAGAUGCCAAUAUUAGCGAAUUCCAGCAAGAACUUGUGCAGCUCGCUGCGGUGCUAAACGGAGACUAUCUCCUCACAAGUUAUCCGGAGAAUAUAGGCCGGGGAAUGACUGUAAGCCAAGGUAAAAAAUACUUGGAAGAUGCUGUUCAGCGCUUUUUUGAGGCCGGGUCAUCUGCUCAGGCAAUGGGAGUUCAUGGAGACCAAAUCAUCCAAAUGAGACCUUCUCUUACUACAAGAAGAUCACCCAAUCUUUCUUCUCCUUCAGAUCGUCCUUAGCUUUGAUCACAUGAAAUACUCAUCCGUCAUCAAUUCAACCCAUUAUACUGAUGCAUUCUUCUCUAUGUCCCGUGACAUUGUACAUUACACAUAUCUCCUCAUUUUUUUCUUUCUUUUGGAAAAUAUGAGGUUUAACUAUGUUCACAUCAACAUAGUUACACGCAAGGAACAAUGUCAUAAAAUGAUAAAAGCACAGUACAAAUUUAGGAGCUAGUUAUUUGUAUUAUGUACAAUAGUGUGUGUAUCACAGUGUAUGUAUGUAUGUUCCAAUUAGAAGAGUGCGAAAUGUUAAUACAUGUGGCGUUAAAAUCAACCAUUUGUGUAAUAUACA